AGUUCGGUCUCAGCCCGAAUCUGUACUCUGAUGAUUGACCUAGACUCACGCGGUUGCGGCCAGCGCAUGGGGAGAUUUGUCCUGCCAUCAGGCGAUCCUUGCACCUGUACAGGGGUCAGACUGGGCAGUCAUUACUACCGCUACGCGCCUGAGAUGCAGGGACAGGAUCCACCGUUGUAUAUGGACAUGCUGCCGGAGGUGACUGCUGAGGUCUUCGGCCGUUGGUUCAACUGCACUGAGAGCAAACUGGAGGAGUCAACGCUCGGAGUCAUGACACCAGUUUUCAGUAACACCCCUGAGCCGUCGAUGCCGCCUGCAGAUUGUCAAGAGAUCUUGGAUGCUGGUCAGAACACAAGCGGAGUAUAUACCAUCCGGCACAAACGCCAGAAUAUGCAGGUCUACUGCCGCAUGGAGUCGGGGAAAGGAUACAUAGUGUUUCAGAGACGCCAGGACGGCUCGGUGAGCUUCAACCGAACCUGGCAGGAGUACGCCGAGGGAUUCGGGAAUCUGACCGGAGAGUUUUGGCUGGGCAACCAGAAGCUGCAUAGUCUGACUCGUAACUUGGGGUUGGAGCUGGUCAUCACCCUGAAGGCAUUCGAUGGGGAUGAAGCCCGUGUUCGUUAUGAGAUUUUCAACGUAUACUCAUCUGAGGGCAAUUACGUGCUUUAUUUCGAUGGCUUCAGUGAGGAGAGUGGAGAUGCAGGUAUACAGAAACCCCUUGUUUUCAUAAGCUUCACUUUGAGACUGCUCCUAUCUAACAUAGUAUGUAUUGCACUGUUGUUUAUAAUUGUAUACGAUAUAAUUCUGCAUUCGUUAUCCAUUAAUGUACUAUUACAAACAAGGUCUGACGAUCCUUCCUUUCUUAUGCACACAGGGGAUUCACUCCGGAUAGGUCCUUUCGAAUACAUAUACUUCUCAACUCCAGAUAAAGACCAUGACAACACCAAAGGUGAAAACUGCGCUGAGAAAUUCCACGGAGGCUGGUGGUACAUUCUCUGCGGUAGCUACAUCAAGAGCAACCUGAACGGCUUGUACUACACAAACGCAACAGUCGAUGAUUACAUGGGGAUACAAUGGGUUACCUGGAAGGGUAAAGCAGUCUCUCUUAAAGGGUGUGAAAUGAUGACACGACCCAAAUGCAAUUGGUCCAUAACGGAGCUGCCUGCAGAUUGUCAAGAGAUCUUGGAUGCUGGUCAGAGCACUAGCGGUGUGUAUACCAUCCAGCACGCAUGCCAGAAUAUGCAGGUCUACUGCCGCAUGGAGCCGGAGUCGGGGAAAGGAUACAUAGUGUUUCAGAGACGCCAGGACGGCUCGGUGCGCUUCAACCGAACCUGGCAGGAGUACGCCGAGGGAUUCGGGGAUCUGACCGGAGAGUUUUGGUUGGGCAACCAGAAGCUGCGUAGUCUGACUCGUAACAGGGAGUGGGAGCUGGUCAUCACACUGAGGGCAUUAGAUGGGGAUGAGGCCCGUGUUCGGUAUGAGGAAUUCAAGAUAUACUCAUCUGAGAGCAGUUACCGGCUUCUUGUCAGAGUCUUCAUUGCGGAGAGUGGAGAUGCAGGUACUUAAUACCCCGAACUUUCAGUAUCCUUCCCUUUAGGACCUCUCUCAUGAGUCUUGCACUGUUUU